AUGGGGUUAAAAGCCUUCGGCUUCAUCAUUGCUGCAGCUCAGAUUUCCGCAGCGACUGCAGCGGUAUCUCGUCUGACUGUUGAUACGACUGUUGGGCGACUGUAUGGCAUGGUCAAUGGUUCAGCCCCAGAUGUUGCGCAGUUUCUUGGAGUUCCAUUUGCAGCACCUCCUCUGAAUGAGCUACGGUUUGCGCCUCCCCAGACGAAGCCUGCAGAGGCUAUCAUUGAUGCCACGAAGAUCGGGCCAUCUUGCCCGCAGUAUCCAUUGACUACUAAGACUGACCCGUCUGUGUACACGUUUGACUCUCCUUGGCUACAACCGUAUGGACCGACAUCAGAGGAUUGCCUGACUCUCAAUGUUUGGAGCCCAUUGCAUGCCGUCAAUGACACAGACGAACCAUUGCCUGUGUUGAUCUGGAUGUUUGGCGGCGGGUUCUACGAAGGAGGACUAUUGACAAAUGGUUUUGAUCCGAGUAACUGGAUCCAAAGGACACAGUCUCAUAUUGUCGUUGCCAUCAAUUACCGGGUCAAUAUCUUCGGCUUUCCCAACGCUGCCGGCCUGGCAGAGAUCCAGCAGAACCUGAACCUUGGACUUCUUGACCAAAGAUUUGCUGUUGAAUGGGUUCGAGACAACAUUGCUGCCUUUGGCGGAGACGCAUCCAAGAUAACCCUCUGGGGCCAGAGCUCUGGAGCAGCCAGCACGGACUACUACAACUACGCUUGGCCCGAUGAUCCCAUUGUGUCUGGCCUGAUUAUGCAUUCAGGCAGUGUCUUUGCUACCGGUUCCAGUGCGGACGUUGAGCAUACGAACUUCACCUUUGUAGCUGAGCACAUGGGCUGCGGCGAUCUCACCCCUCGAGCAGAGUUGGCUUGCAUGAGGAACGUUAGCGCAGACUCUAUCAUUCAGUUUUAUGAGAACUACACCUUGUACUCGACGGGUCCUACUCUGAAGUUCACGACUAUUGUGGACAAUGUGACCAAAUUUGAGGACUACACUGCUAGGGCUUAUGCAGGAAAUUACUCCAAGCUUCCUGCUAUUUUUGGCACGAAUGCCAAUGAAGAAGCCUCCCUGGUUGCCUGGGCUGGACCCCAAGGUCCAAACAUGACCUACGUCCACGAAGAGACUGUGUCCACCCAUCUCUGUCCGGCAAACUACAACGGGCAUCUCCGCUACAACACAUCCUCUCUCUCCUUCCGCUACUUCAAUACGGCCAACUUUAGCAACAUUUCACCUAGACCUUGGGAAGGAGCUUACCACAGCUCCGAGCUUCCAUUGCUGUUUGGGACGUACUCGGAGUAUGGCGGACCCGCUACGCCUUUUGAGACCGCUGUAGCCUCCCACUGGCAGGAUCUGUAUCUUGCAUUCAUGCGGGAUCCGGUCAAUGCGCUCCCGGCGAUGGGAUGGCCUGCGUACCAUCCUGAUGGGUAUGCGAUGAUGUUUGCUGCCAACGGGACCGUUACGAGUCUGCUGCCAAUGAGUACCUUGGAGACCCCGUGUGCUGGCAUUCCUGAGCCAACCAUAGGAUAA